GACGCACAAGCCGCACUCGGCGCGGACCGCUACGACCGCCGGCGACGAAAUGCCCACAGAAACCACGCUGCCACACGUACGAGAGACACCGGGCGGGAAACCUCGGGCACGGGCAGAGAGUUCCCUUCUGCAGCCGCGCUCUCCCCUCCGCAGACCCGUACGUACAUUCACCGCUUCCCCCGGGGCCUCGCCCGGAGGCCGCAGCCCCGCCCGGGCCCCGCUUCUCCUCAGAGCAACGGCCGCGGCGGGAGCCCGCCCCGCCGGCCCCGUGAGGCGAGGCCCGGGCCCAGCUCCGCCCCGCCGCCGGGACGUGCACUCGCUCGGCGGGCCAUGGAGGCGGCCGGCGGGGCUCGGGGCUCGGCGCUGGCGCUGCUGGUGCUGGUGGUGGCCGGGCUGGGAGGCGAGGCGGAGGAGCCGCGGUCGGCGAGGCAGCGGGGGGACGAGCAGUGCCAUUACUACGCGGGAGGCCAGGUCUACCCCGGGGAGGCGGCUGGGGUGCCCGUCUCCGACCACUCGCUGCACCUCAGUCAGGCCAAGAUCUCCAAGCCAGCACCUUACUGGGAAGGAACAGCAGUCAUUAAUGGAGAGUUUAAAGAGCUGAAAUUAACAGAUUAUGAAGGAAAAUAUCUUGUCUUCUUCUUCUACCCUCUCGACUUUACAUUUGUAUGUCCAACUGAGAUAAUCGCCUUCAGUGACAGAAUUGAAGAAUUCAGAGCAAUAAAUACCGAAGUAGUAGCAUGUUCUGUGGACUCAAAGUUCACUCACUUAGCAUGGAUUAAUACUCCUCGAAAACAAGGAGGACUUGGACCUAUGAAGAUUCCACUUCUUUCAGAUUUGACACACCAAAUUUCAAAGGAUUACGGAGUGUAUCUGGAAGAUCAAGGGCAUACACUUAGAGGCCUUUUCAUUAUUGAUGAGAAGAGGAUCCUUCGACAGAUCACGAUGAAUGACCUUCCUGUUGGGAGAUCAGUGGAUGAAACGCUUCGUUUAGUACAAGCAUUCCAAUACACAGACAAACAUGGAGAAGUUUGCCCUGCUGGUUGGAAACCGGGCAGUGAAACAAUCAAACCAGAGGAAGCCAUGAGAGUGUGGUGGCCAAGGGAAGAACUAUAAUUCCAGAUCCCGCUGGAAAACUGAAGUAUUUCGAUAAACUGAACUGAGGCUCACUUCUGUUGAAUUACAUAGGUCACAUUCAGCUUGAUUUUUGCCAAUAAAAUUUCAUUAAUUUUGUUA